AGGCGUCCAACCUGCUGCUGCCUGGGCCCCGCCGAGCGGAGCUGGCGACGCGCGCAGAGCACACGCUCGCGCUCCAGCUCCCCUCCGGCGCGGUUAAUGACUGUGUCCCCUGCCCGCAGCCUCUGCGAGCCCCCGCCGCAGGACCGCUGCCCGCUCCCCGCCGCCGCGAGGGCCCCGAGCGAAGGAAGGAAGGAAGGAAGCGAGACGCGCUGUGCGCCCCGCGGAGCCCGCGAACCCCGCUCGCUGCCGGCUGCCCAGCCUGGCUGGCACCAUGCUGCCCGCGCGCUGCGCCCGCCUGCUCACGCCCCACUUGCUGCUGGUGUUAGUGCAGCUGUCCCCGGCUCGCGGCCACCGCACCACAGGCCCCAGGUUUCUAAUAAGUGACCGUGACCCUCAGUGCAACCUCCACUGCUCCAGGACUCAACCCAAACCCAUCUGUGCCUCUGAUGGCAGGUCCUACGAGUCCAUGUGUGAGUACCAGCGAGCCAAGUGCCGAGACCAGACCCUGGGCGUGGUGCAUCGAGGUAGAUGCAAAGAUGCUGGCCAGAGCAAGUGUCGCUUGGAGCGGGCUCAAGCCCUUGAGCAAGCCAAGAAGCCUCAGGAAGCUGUGUUUGUCCCAGAGUGUGGCGAGGACGGCUCCUUUACCCAGGUGCAGUGCCAUACUUACACUGGGUACUGCUGGUGUGUCACUCCGGAUGGGAAGCCCAUCAGUGGCUCUUCUGUGCAGAAUAAAACUCCUGUAUGUUCAGGUUCAGUCACCGACAAGCCCUUGAGCCAGGGUAAUUCAGGAAGGAAAGAUGACGGAUCUAAGCCGACGCCCACGAUGGAGACCCAGCCGGUGUUCGAUGGAGAUGAAAUCACAGCUCCAACUCUAUGGAUUAAACACUUGGUGAUCAAGGAUUCCAAACUGAACAACACCAACAUAAGAAAUUCAGAGAAAGUCUACUCGUGUGACCAGGAGAGGCAGAGUGCCCUGGAAGAGGCCCGGCAAAAUCCCCGUGAGGGUAUUGUCAUCCCUGAGUGUGCCCCUGGGGGACUCUAUAAGCCAGUACAGUGCCACCAGUCCACUGGCUACUGCUGGUGUGUGCUGGUGGACACAGGGCGCCCGCUGCCUGGGACCUCCACACGCUACGUGAUGCCCAGUUGUGAGAGCGACGCCAGGGCCAAGAGUACAGAGGUGGAUGACCCCUUCAAGGACAGGGAGCUACCAGGCUGUCCAGAAGGGAAGAAAAUAGAGUUUAUCACCAGCCUACUGGAUGCUCUCACCACUGACAUGGUUCAGGCCAUUAACUCAGCAGCGCCUACUGGAGGUGGGAGGUUCUCAGAGCCCGACCCCAGCCACACCCUGGAGGAGCGGGUGGUGCACUGGUAUUUCAGUCAGCUGGACAGCAAUAGCAGCAAUGACAUUAACAAGCGGGAGAUGAAGCCCUUCAAGCGCUAUGUGAAGAAGAAAGCCAAGCCCAAGAAAUGUGCCCGGCGUUUCACCGACUACUGUGACCUGAACAAAGACAAGGUCAUUUCACUGCCCGAGCUGAAGGGCUGCCUGGGUGUUAACAAAGAAGUAGGACGCCUCGUCUAAGGAGCAGAAAGCCCAAGAGCAGGUGGAGAGUCCAGGGAUGCAGGAUGGACCACCAGACACCUAACCUUCAGCACUGCCCAUGGCCUGGCCACAUCCCAUGUAACAUAAGUGGUGCCCACCAUGUUUGCACUUUUAAUAACUCUUAUUUGCGUGUUUUGGUUUUGGUUUCAUUUUAAAACACCAAUAUCUAAUACCACAGUGGGAAAAGGAAAGGGAAGAAAGACUUUAUUCUCUCUCUUAUUGUAAGUUUUUGGAUCUGCUACUGACAACUUUUAGGGGGUUUUGAGGGGGUGGGGUGGGGGAGGGUGGUGUUGGGGCUGAGAAGAAAGAGAUUUAUAUGCUGUAUAUAAAUAUAUAUGUAAAUUGUAUAGUUCUUUUGUACAGGCA